AUGCUUCAUAUUGGCAAGUGUACACAGAAGAAGCUUGGGUAUUGGACCGAGAGCAUUGCGAGGCAAGACAUCUACAAAGGUGUGGAUGACGAAAGCCAGACGUUUCCGCCAGGACAGCUGGGUCCCGGAGGUCUAUGGGAGGGCCUACCCGAGACGUUGAGUCCGUGUUUCGAUGUCGACAAAGCUGCCGAAAUGGUCGCAAGGGAGCAUCCGGAUGUAGUUUCUGGAAGGUCUGACGAUGCCGGGACGUCUUUCUGUGAGCUCGAGUUGUUCUCUUCUCUUGCUGUCUGCUACGAUAGGAGGGUGUCUCGCAGAGCAGAGUUCUUCCAUAUCCCGCCAGACCAGUCACUGCCAGAGAUCCAGAUGCAUGCUGCAGUUACAUUGACCCUCAUUAAAGCCCUGGUCACUCAACUACAGGAGAUGGAGUGA